CCAAGAAAUGUUGCAGAGACCAAAUCCCAGAUCCGCCUUUAUAAGUCGUUCAAGAUUUAGGUUUUCAUUCGCUUUCAGCAUUUUCAGCUUCGCCCCUGCUCAGUCACCCUCAUCUUCCAGUUGUAGCAGCAAGGCAACUUCCUUCUAUCACCAUGGGGAAGACACGUGGAAUGGGAGCUGGUCGUAAACUGAAGUCCCACCGUCGGAGGCAGCGGUGGGCUGAUAAGUCUUACAAAAAGUCUCAUCUUGGUAAUGAAUGGAAAAAGCCAUUUGCAGGAUCAUCUCAUGCCAAGGGGAUUGUUCUUGAGAAAAUUGGUAUUGAAGCCAAGCAGCCUAACUCCGCCAUUAGAAAGUGUGCUCGAGUUCAGUUGAUAAAGAAUGGCAAGAAAAUAGCUGCUUUUGUACCCAAUGAUGGUUGUUUGAACUACAUUGAAGAGAAUGACGAGGUGUUGAUUGCUGGAUUUGGUCGUAAAGGACAUGCUGUGGGAGAUAUUCCUGGUGUUAGGUUCAAAGUUGUGAAGGUGUCUGGUGUGUCACUUUUGGCCCUCUUCAAAGAGAAGAAGGAGAAGCCCAGAUCUUAAAUUACUUCCAGGUCAAGUGCAAGUGUCUUCUGAAGGAGUUUUUAUUAGGAUCAAAAUGCUCUCUUCUUUUUCUUUUCCUUUUCCCUAAUCUUCUACUAGUAUAGUUUGUCAUGCCGUUCCAUGAAAAUUUCAGGCCAUUUGUUCCACCCUUUUGACAGUGAGCACACCAUUGGUUUUCCUUCCCAAUAUGAAAAUUCCCUUCUGAAAAUUGUGCAAUUGCAUAAGUAAAAUGCCUCUCAUUUCUUCUUGGUUCAGAACUGGGCACAUCACCAUAUGUAUUUUACUGGUAAUAUCUUUUAUGCAGACCAAACAUUUAAGUUUAA